AUGGCAAGCCAACAGGAUUUGAGCUACAAGGCUGGGGAGACUGUUGGGCAAGCUCAGGCAAGUAAGGAUGACAUUAUGAGCCAACUAACAUCCACCCAGGAUGCCCAAUCCGCCGCCCAAACUGCCACCGACCUGAAGGACCAAGCUGCCAACUUCCUCCAACAGACUGGAGAGCAAGUGAAGAGCAUGGCUCAAGGAGCAGCUGAGGCAGUGAAGAACACACUUGGGAUGAAGACCGACACUGAUACCACCACCGCACCCAACAACAACCCUACCAACAAUCCUUCCCCUACAAUUUAAUUUCUUUCUUCAAUAACUCCAUUUUGUAUAAAUAAUUUAAAGGAAGAGAGUGAUGUAUUGUCCCCUUCCUUUUUCCUAAUUAAUUUCAUUCUUU